AUGAUGGCGAGAGUAAACUUUCGAUACCAUGCCAGAUGGAUAAAAAUUUUGAAGCCCGAGAUCCCAAGGCACAUCGUUCUCGGCCAUGUCGAGGUUCUUCUGGGACGCCUGGUCUCGCGCAAGCAGGUCUGUGUCGACGUCCCUGUCUACGUCUGGCUGGGCGCUGGAGAUCGUGCCAUCAACGACAUCAUAGAGCCGCUGAUAUGUGCAUGUCCGUUCGCGGUGGCUGCAUUCAGAGCAGGGAGAUUCCCCGUUGCAGGCCUUCCUAAUGCUGGCACAGCUAUCACAGGCCCGCUUGUGCUUUCCCCCUCGGAGACCCUUGGGGAUCUCAACACCAUUCUCUAA